AGUUUUUGUUGUGUUGAGGCGUGAGGGUGGUAGAGAUGAAAUUGAAGAGUAGUCGUGGAUAAACAAUCACGGAAGCGAAUCCAUAGCCGACGGCGCUACCAUCGAUGAUUCUCUGAUCACGCGUUACUGUUCUUCAAUCUCAACCCGCCUCACACUCUUCCACUCUACUAACUCUUUUUCCCUUUCUCCAAAAAAAUCACGAUUAGGGUUUCUUCUCUGAAUAAAAUAAAAAGAGGUUUGGGGGAAAUGGUGGAGCAAUCGCUGCUUUCUAUCGAGAAUAAAGGGUCAAAUUCAGGGUUUUUAGAAGGGUUCCACGAUUGGGUGUUCGAGUGCCAUGGCUUUUGGCACAAUGCGGUCUUGAUCAUCGCUUCCUUACUCUUCGUCUUGUACUUGGCUCUGCAAGCUCGUCAGAGCUUCCUCAAACUCUCCCAUGGCCGCUCUUACAUCAUUAUCUCUUAUUACGCUUCCCUCUGGCUCGUUAGCAUCCUCAAUCUUAUUUGGUGUUUUUCCCAGGCAUGGGAGUGCUUGCCUGGGAAAGAGUUUGCGUGGAACUUGUUAUCCCUCUUUACUACUUCUGGAAUGCUGUUUCUAGAAGUGAGCUUGCUGGCUUUUUUGCUUCAAGGAAAUAGUACCAGUGGUGUAGAAGCGUUGACGCGAACUUUUGGUAUCUCAGGGAUUAUCGUUGGUUUUGAUAUCUUGUUGAAGGCAAUAUAUCUGUUUGCAUUUGGGAUUCCGAUUUUCAUCAACAGUGAUUACCCUACUCCUCACGUGAAGUGGAACUUGUGGGUUGUCCACAAGCUGUUGCUUACCCUGGUUUAUGGUUGCAUACUGUUCAUGUAUCAUUCUAGGUGGAGAGAAAGGUUACCUGCAAGACCUGCAUACUAUAAGUAUGUUACUAUUAUGUUCAUCUGGAAUGCAAUUGCACUGUUUGCUUGUGCCCUUACUGGAAACGGUGCUGCUUUUGGUUUCUGGUUAUAUCAUUUCACAGUUGUAUGCUACCAUGCCGUUUAUCUUCCUCUGCUGUAUAUAACCUUUCUGGCAGACUUUUUUCAGGAGGAAGAUUUGCAUUUGGAGAAUGUCUACUAUUCUGAAAUGAAAGAUGCUGGUUUUUUCGAAGCAGAUUGGAACUGAUAUGGAUGGGCUGUUAGGUUAGAUUACUAAUAAGGCCUCAAUGUACUGUUUGCAGGGCAUCAGCUUACGAUGAAAUUUGUAAAUAAAGUAAAUAUGUUAGUAGAUCGUUUUAGUAGAUAAAAUUUUGAAAAGAAAUGUUGGUCGCCUCAGGUUAAUGCUAUAUUUGCUUGUUCUAUGCGAGAUUAUAUUGGAUUUAAGUUGUCUGUUAGUGCAAUGAAUCAAUUUCUUAAGAAAGAAUGAGUGCUAGAACAAUCAAUUACGCUUUAAGCAUUUAACGUGAUGAAAAAUAGUGAUUUUUA